AUGGAGAACCUCCUCAGCCUCGCCUUCGACUCCCUCUCCUCCUACGAUGGCCCCAAGGUCCGCAAGGGCCUGCGCCAGGUAGAAGGCCUCCUCGCCCAGAUCUGCCUCUCAGCGCCGUCAAGGUCAUCAAAGUCGCCGGCGACUGACGAUGAGUCAGGCCGCUCGAGCGGCAAGUCUCUGUCCGACCUGUCCGACGACCUGGCCUUCCGCGAGUUCUUCAAGCUGCAGGAGGGUUUCGAGUGGAACGUCGCCCUGCGCCUCAUCAACACCCUUGACCGCCUCAUGGGCAAGGGCGCCGAUGGCCAGAAUGACCUCCUCAUCCUCAGCUCGCUGGAUCUGAUCCAAGGCGUCCUGCUCCUCCACCCACCAAGCAAGGCACUCUUCUCGAGAGAACAAAACAUGAACCUCCUCCUCGACCUCCUCGAACCCGUCAACUGCCCGGCGAUCCAAUCCGCGACCCUUCUCGUCCUCGUUGUGGCUCUCAUCGACACCCCCCUGAACACGCGCACCUUCGAGGCCCUCGACGGCCUCCUCACCGUCACCUCCCUCUUCAAGUCCCGCUCCACCGCCCGCGAGGUCAAGCUCAAGCUCGUCGAGUUCCUCUACUUCUACCUCAUGCCCGAGGUCCCCUCCAUCCCGCGCGCCGACGCCCGCGUCUCCGUCCCCGCGAUCCACCAGCGCAGCCCCAGCAAGCUCGCCGGGGCCUUCGCGGGCGGCAACUCCACCGCCUCGGAUGCUCAGCACUACGCAAGGAGUCGCGCCGGCAGCGAGUCCGCCGACACCCUGACCACAGAGGAGAAGCAGGAGCUGCUGGGCCGCCAUCUCAGCAGCGUCGAGGACCUGGUCAAGGACCUACGGACGUGCGCGCCCUUUGGCGGCGUCGUUUGCUGA